CUGUGGCUGAACAACGGGCUCUCCUUCUACCUGGAGAUCCUGCAGAUGAAGUAUUGGCAUCACGUCGCUCUCAACUGCGUCGCCGUGUGGCUGUCGUCGUCCAAGGACGCGAACUCGUUGGAAGAUGUGCUGCUGCAACCUCAAGCCAUGCAAGUCCUCGUCAAGAGCGUCGCUGACUGCGACGUCGGCUCUGCGAGCAACCUCUUCCCUCCCCUCUUGAGGAUUCUGCAGUACAAGCGGCUGAAUCGAAAGCUCGGAGAAUCGGACAUGGUUGACGAGCUUCUCAAGAGGUUGGACCAUCCGGAGGCUGUAGUCCGCAAAGUAGUACUGCAGAUCAUCCAGGUCAUGUAUGAGAAGUCUGAAGACCCCCGAGUCUUCAUCACCAAGCAUGACCUUAUCAACCUCCUCGAGAAGCUUGUCGAGCAGGAUCAGUCAAAGGUUGUGUCUGGUCAAGCAAAAGUGCUGCUGAAGGCGAUGAUGGUGAACAAUGUAAUCUGAAGUCUACGAUUCAUGUUUCUUGCUCGAUGUUAUGUUGUCAAAUAUCUUGUACUUGAUAUCAGUGUCUUGCCGUUGCUUUGAUAGCAGUGUCUCCGGUAUGUGAGAUCGACGCUUCUGAUAUCAAAUGUUCUCUAUGUGUACAUACAACCAAGGCAAACCG